AUGAAAGAAAAUAAAAUGCCAGGGAGAGAGAGACAGCAGAUCCCAUUGAAGGACAAGACAAAUUCAGUAGUGCAAGAUACAAAAACAAAGAAGAUAAAGACUGCACUGGAUGCAGAUCUAUCAGAUGGUCUUGCAAAUGGAUUCUCAUGCAGUCUCGCAGAUUCUUCUACUCCGGAAGAAAUAGAAAAUGCAUAUCCAUAUGAAGAGUAUCUGCUGGAGAAUAUUGAAGAGAUUCAUAAAGACACAGAUUUAUUCUUGGAGGAUAUAAUAAAUCCAUACUUCAGAAUAUGA